AUGCUGCUCUCCUGCCUGCUGCUCCUCGGGCCACCAGCAGGAGCCCGGGAGGGACCCAGCCGUGAGUGGCUCUCGGCAGCCCCCCGAGGUGUGGAUGGAGGGAAGCUGCUGAGGCAGGACAGCACCAGCAAGAUGCUGCCAGGUGUCUCCAAAAUGAGGAGGGGUGACGAUGGCUCUGGAGCCGGGUCUCAUCCAGAUGAAGCCAGCCUGCCACUGCAGGAGGGAUCAGAAAGACAAGCCCUGCCCUGGCUGAUGAGCCCAGCCACCGAGAGAGCAGCUCCAAGCAAAAAGAGGAGGAAGGUGUCCCUGUCACUCGAUGUCCACACUCACUUACUGAAAAUCCUGCUCGACCUGGCCCGAGAGAAGGAGCUGCAGGACAAGGCAGCUGCCAAUGCUGAGCUGAUGGCCAGGCUGGGGCGCAGGAGAUGA